UAAAACAGCCAGCUCGCACGGCGCUGCGCUACGGCUUGUCGGUGUUCCAACGCGUCAAGGCGGGUCCUUUCCCCCACCGCCGCCGUUACCUCGAGCACGCACACCGCGGCCGCGCACGCACGCACACGCUGCUGUCGCCGCAGCCCGUCGUCGUUGCCUCUGCCCGCCGCUGCACUACACCACGUAUCGCGGCCCCGGUUCCUCCGCCCGUGCUCGCAUAGCAGUAUACGCGUUUCCCGUUCGCGCCGUUCGACACACCACGUACUCUCCCCCUGUGCGCGUUCCGACGACGAUUGCGUGUGCGUGUGUGCGGUUGUGCGUGCGUGUGCGCCGCAAAACUUUGUUAUUCUCUCUCUCGCUCUUUCUCUCUUAUCCUCUCUUUCUCUCUCUCUCUCCCACUCGUAUUCGCUCAUUGCUUCUCCGUGUGCGUCUCUCAUUCCUACGUGGUUUUUCAACGACCCGAUCACCGUGGACGGACACCCGAAACGACAACUUUUCGACGACAUCGCCGAAUAGUGUGCGUGAGUGUGCGUGCGUACGUGCGCGCGUGUGUUAUGUCCAAGACAGCCGCCGACGUCCACGGCGGUCUUCCGCACGGGAUCAUCAUGUCGUCGUUGGCCGCCGCGUGAAACAUCCCUCGCCUGUUCGUGUCCUUCCCCUCUCCCAUCGCCUCAUCGCUCUCGCGGCGUAGCGCUCUCGCCGCUUAUGAUUUCAACGCCCCGACCGACAUCGUCUCGUCUUCGUAACGAGUGAAAAGUAUAACCACCGCGGGUGCACCACCCUGCUCUCCUCUCAACUACCCCGCGGACUACAGACUCUUGCGCCGCAGAAUAUAUCCCGAAAUGUUACAUAAUAUUAUUGUAAAAUUUUUUUAAAAUACGGAAUUUCGGGUACUUGACUCAAAGUUCAUCACAUCCAUUAUACGUGUUCGUUUAACAUCACUACGGUGAUGAUAACGGUACACGAAAAAUGGUGAUAACGUCGUCGUUAUCCCAUUACAAUUGCUGCUGCUGCUGCUCCUGCUCUUGCUGUCGUUGGCGCGGCGGCCGCUCUGUUCAAAGCUGACACACGACUCGCCACCCCGAGCAGACCGAGGAGGGUUUUCUCAGAUAAAUACGAUUCGCAUAACGUACAUCUCGUUUGACUCGAUCAGCAUUUGAUAUGUUGGGAAGCAGUUUGCACCAUUCCCGGAACAUGUCGUUUCCACAUGGUGGUUCUGUGAUACAUAAUAAUAUGCCUCCUACCGUUACUAAAAAGAUGGGUGGGGGCCGACUGAAUGCCGUUGUGAACAAACUUCAUUUAGCAAAACAAUGUUCAACAGAUAAUUCUUUCUCAAAUAAUAUGACAUCUUCUGAACAAAGCCAUUUAUCUAUAAUACAGAAUUUAUUGAAUCCUGUUCCACCAUCAAACUCAGAAAAAAAGAGUUUACGCGCUCCUCCAGCGUUAUUUCCACUCACUUCUGAGGUCACAAUACAACGUUAUCCUGUUGUUCAUCCAAUUCAAGAAAGGCCACUGGAUGUUUUCCAAAGGCUUAAACGUCUUGGAACAGACAUUGAAAUGGAACAAUUUCGAAAUGAAACAACACUUAUACCAGUUUCAACACCCCCUCAAUGUGCUUCUGUUUCAUGCAUUCCAACAAACAGUUUUAAAAGUAGCCCCCCAGCUACUAGUCUUAUAGUUAUGCCAAAAACCAAUGUGUUCAAUAAUAGGAAAAUACCAGAGCCAUCAGUUGUUCUUGAAGUUAAAGUAACUCCGAAACAAAAAGCUCAAAAUAUUUAUUACAAUAACAAAACUGACCUGAAAAGCUAUGUGUUUUCAAUUGAUCAAUCUCAAAUUAGUAUUAUAAAUAAUGGACAUAAACUAUAUUCAUGCAAUGUGUGUUCCGGUAUUUAUCAACGAAGAGGUGCUCUUAAGAAACACUAUUUAAAAGCACAUAUUAAUUAUCAUUAUCUGACAACCCGAGACAUGCAAAUUGCAGGCUUUAAAGGUGAUCGUCUUGAAAAAAUGGUAGAAAAAUGGAGGAGUACAAAAGGUCAGGUAGGCUACUAUCAUUGUCACAAAUGUUGUGUAUCAUUUGUUACAUCUUUAGAAUUACGAAAUCAUGUGAUAAAUCAUCCUCCUAGCUUACAAUCUCUUACUGUGAAAAAGCUACCAGAUAUUAUUACCAACGUUUGUGAAUUAUGUUUGUAUUGUGAUAAAAAAAUAGAAAAUGAAGAAGAUCGAAAAAGUCAUUUGUCUAAGAUGCAUCCUCCCAAAAGAAGAUGUCAUAUAUGUACAUACUGUCAACUAAACUUUUUUGAUUUGUACACAUUACAUAAACAUAUGUGUACUAAUCAUGAAGAUAUAUAUUACGGCUGUGCUGAAUGUAAAGAACGUUUUAAUUCUAGAGAGUUAGCUAAAAAUCAUAGAACCAUAUGUUUGAAUAACCUAUGUAUAAAAUUAGAAUCAGAUAAUGGUAUGAAAAAAGAACAUUUAAAAGAAGAACCUCCUAAAGUCGAAAUUAUUGAAUUACCAAUAGAUGAACCAAAAAUUAUUGACAUAAAAAAAGAAUCAUUUGUUGAUGAGCUAAAAAAAGAUGAAACUAAGAAAAAAGAGGAUUCUAAAAUAGAAGAACUAAAAAAAGAUGAUCCAAAGAAAGAAGAGACGAAAAAAGAUGAACCAAAAAAAAAGGAAGAAUCCAAAAGUUAUCCAUUCUAUUGCCCAGAUUGUAAAAAAGGAUUUACUCAACAGCCAAAUUUAGCACGACAUAUGAGUUUAGGUCAUGGUAAAAAGUUGGAGUAUAAAAAAUCUAAAAAAUUACUACAACCAGCUAAUAAAGUAGUUUUGUCUAAAAAACUUGUAAAAACACAAGAAAAGGAAUUAAAAGAUGAAAUUCAAGAUUUAUCAGCAAAAGGAACUCAAUAUGUUUAUCUAAAUAAUAAAAAUGAACUGGUUUCCAAACAAGGAGUACCUUUUGAUAUAUCAUACAUGAAUCUUGAGAUUCAAAAUCGAAUUAGACGUAUGGUGCCAUCUUUGAAUCCUAGUCCAUCACCAGUUGAGGAAGAUAUAAGUUCACUGGAGGUUGAUGCCGCUUCUUCCUAUGGAUAUCCAAGUUCUCAUGAUGCUGAAAGAGAAAAACUUGAAGGAUUUAGUGGAGAAUGGCUAUACCCUCGUAGUUAUAUUUGUUCAGCAUGUCCAGCAACAUGUUCUAAUAUUUGGGAUAUUUUCUAUCAUAAGUGGAAUGUUCAUCCUAACGUGCUUUGUCAUCAUUAUGAUAUACCAAUAGAUCAACUUCCAUCUCAAAAAUGGCGGCCAGAAAGAAACCUGAGCAGAAAAGGAUUGCUAUCUGAAUGUGAAGAACAAAAAAUUGAAUUGCCACAAUGCACUAAAUGUGGCAAAAUGGAAAAUGACAUUGCUCAACUCCAUAGACACUUAUUAGAUUGUGGUGGUGAUACAGAAUGGCUCAAAACAAUGAUUCACACAACCAAAUCUCCCAAUAAUAAAAAAUCAAGAAAAAAUUGGAGGCCUUUUAAUUUCCGAAGACGCAAGAAUGGUAGAGCUCGACAUGGUCUUAAACGAACUGCACCUACACCUCCUUUACCAAUUGUUAAAACUAAACCUGGCGAUGCUGAAAGUGUAAGUCGUAUGAUUGCUGAUCUACCUCCUAAAAGAGUCACUAGACGAUUGGUAUUUGAGACUCCUAAUGGAAAUAGUCAAGCAACAAUAAAUAGCAAGUCUGUAUGCUCAAAGGUUCCUAUUGACACAAGCAGCCGUAAUCCAACUGUAUCAAAUUUAACCACGUUUAGUAAGAAAAUUAAAAAACCAUUGCCAGUAGUAACUGAAACUGCUGUGCUCGUUUCUGAAGCACCAGAUUUCUUACGCAGUCUUAACAUCAUGCGUGCCCCAGUCAAACCAGCUGAAAAUACACUACCGUGUAAUAAGACUGAAACUGAAGAAAUAAUUGCUGCUAUGAAGGAAACCUUGAUGGCUUCUCCAGCACCCACCCCAGUUAUUUUACCUAAAAAACGUAAAAGACCAGUUUAUGAUUUUAAACAAUUGUCUGAAAAAAUUGCUAAGCAUGACCACAAUGAGAUUCUUGAUCCAAUUGUUAAAUCGGUUGAUGAAAAUAUAGAAGAAAUUGUUCCUGUUCCUGUUCCUGUUCCUGCAGUAGUAAAAAAUAAAGGCAAAAAAUUAAUGAAUGAAAUAGAAAUUGGGUUGAUUAAACAAAAUAGGUUACGAAGAAAAAGAGAAAUUCCUUCAAAAGCUUUUGAAAAGACCUCAGUUCCAUUAAAAAAAGCUAAAAUUGAAAAUCAAGAAAAAAAUAUUGUGGAAUUAACUCCAGCAAAAAAACCCAAAAUACAAACUUCGUCGAAAAAAAUUCUUAAAUUACCCGAAAAGAAAACCAUUGAUGAAAACUUUGUUUCUAAAAUACAAACACGUAAUAGAAAAAAGAAUUUCAUUGAGGAAUCUUUGUCCAAAGAGAUACUCAUAGAAAAGGAGGACAAGCCAACAAAUAAUAAUAAUGAAUCAUGUAGUAGUUUUGUUGAUUUUGAGUCUAGUCAAGAAAUUACUUCUAAGAUUCUUCCUACUCAGAAAAAAACAGUUAAAGUGAACCCUUUCAAACCAAAAGCCAAAAACAGAAGGAAACCUGGUGUUUUCUUUGGGUCAAGAAAACGGAAACGUAAUAUAAAGACUGAAAACAAAACUCAACAGCUAACGUCUAACAAAGUUGAUGAUACACCACUAUCUGAUGUAAAGCCCAAUUUAGAUUGUUCGGAUUCAAAUCCAUUAAUUACAGAGCAAAAAGAAAAAGUCUGUGAUGAAAAAUUAAAAAAUACCUCUGUAAGUGAUAUAACUAUACAGAAAACACCUCAAGAAGUCUUAGAGAAAUCUGAUGAAAAUGAAUUCCUAAAAGAGACAGUUAUAGAAGAAAAUAAAGCCACUGCUCCAAUUAGUACUGAUAUUAAGGAGUCAAAAGAACCUGAAGAAGUAGCUGAACCACGUUGGCAUUCACAGUCCGAUACGUUUUUUGAAAUGUCUUCCUCUAUUAGCUUGGGAUCAAUAUUGAGUUCAGUCAAUCAGAUAUUGGAAGGUCCUGAUUGUAAUGUAACUGGUACAGAAGUAAAUGAUUAUUCUUGGACAGAGCUACAACGUGCAAUGGGAGCCACUGAUGAAGAAAUGGCUAUAUUGCAAAAUUUCGGUUCAAACUCGUCUCGAGAUGGUCAAGAUGUUACUAGUGAAAAUCGUUUAGACCUAUUAGAUUUGGACUGUAAACAGGAUAAUACAGAAAACAAUCAAGAAAAAGUUGAUACUCAACCCGACACUGAAAUGAAUUUCAAAUGCAAAGUGUGUGAUAAAUGCUAUAAAGGUGUUGCUGCUUUUCGUAUUCAUUCACUCGAUGUUCAUAGUAUUGAAGAUCCAGAAUUAGUUAAUGUAAUUAAAUCUGAUUACCUGCUGGUAUGUUGGGUUUGCAAGCUUAUAAUAGAAGGAGGACCAGAAGAACUCGACGAACACAUGGCAAAAGACCAUGAAUUUGAUGAUACUCCCAAUAGUGAAAAUGGAAAGGAGUUAAAAAAUAAAAUGGUUAGCAAGCUGGGUGAAAUUUUGGACCAAGCUUUGAAGAAUCUCAUUUCCUCUACACAAAAACCAAGUGCUGAUAAAGCAUGGAGUGGUGGUGCUAUAACUUUGUUGGGUAAGCUGUGUGCAUUACGUAAUAAUGAAAAAGGUACAACUGUAUCGAGUAGCAUUGCCAAUUCUGCUCUGGCUAAGGAUUUACGCAAAGUCAUUGGGCGUAACACCAACGGGUCCAGUGCAAAAAUUCAGCCAAAAAAAUUACAGUCCGCUCAUGCCAUUAGACAAAAUGCUCGUUUGGCAGCAUUGUCGGAGGCUGCUCAACGGCUAACGCCUAUGAUUGAUUCUGACGAUUCUACCAGUAUUUACAAGUGUCCCAUUUGUAAUAUAGGUUUUGAAACGACGAGUACCAGAAAUAAGCACAUUAGCCGAGCGCACAAUAGUCCAAAGAAAUCUAAUCGCGUUGAGACUGCUUAUCAAUCAAAUUCGACUUGCCAGUCAUUGCAAGUAGCCACUAUACCAGAAGAAGUGCCCGAACUCCCUUCCAAAGUGCGACCCAUGUUUUCACUUGGUGCAAUGAACCGUAGAGGAUUAAAAAAAUUUAAUAGCACUUGCAGUGAAGAAGUGCGGGCACGUGCAAAACAGGCAUUGCGUGAUCUUGAAAUUAAAUCUAGAUUGAAACACUACACGUUUUCUGGUGACCAACAACCCUCACCCAGUUAACUUUAUUGUUUGUUUCUGUUCUUUCUAAUCAUCUUGUAAAAUAAUAAAUUCCAUGUUAACAGAUUGCCAAUUUGUGUUCAAUUCACCCGUAAUUUGUUUAUUUUAUUUCUAUAAAAUUUAACUUUAUAUAUAUUUUUUAUUUGUACAUAGUAAUCGCAGGUAACAACUACUUGUAAAUGUUCAUAUUUCAAUUCCUUUUAAAGACAUUUAUUUAUAAUAUAUGU